AUGAAUUACGGGAAAUAUCUCUUCUUUGUUAUGCUUGUUCUGAUCCCUUUGGCUAUUGAUUCUCUGGCGGACAUCGGAGUGGAUCAAGAGUCUUGUUUCAUGGCAAGCGAUCUGGAAGAUCAGUGCGGUUUCGUUUGCUAUCCCAUUGUUAAGCCCCUGCUUCAGUAUUUGGCCAGGUGUCAGGAGAAGGAUUCGCAAAUUAACCAACUUGAGGAAGAGGUGCGAGAGCUAAGAGUUGAAAGCGUCAAAUGUAAGAGUGAAACGGAGGCGCUCGGUAAACAAUUGAGAAACAACUUUUGUGACCAGAAAAGUGUACUAAAGCAAGCCCUCGAAAAUGUCCAAAAGGUGCAGUUUCAACUCAGUUCCGAGCUUAGGUAUCUCCAAGAAGACACCAGACACCAGCAAACGGAACGAGUCGAUGCAGCAGUUGUGCGGAAACUGAAGAUUGAAUUGUCGAGCAAGGAGUCAUUAUUAACUGAUGUCAAAUCCAAAUUAAUACAAAAGUAUGAAAUAUUAGAGCAAAAGGAGAAAUCAAUAAAGGAAAAGGAUAAGCUAUUGGCAGAGAAGGAUGAAUAUAUCAAGCAGAUGAUGGAGAAGUACCUUCCGCGAAGCUGUGAGACCUUUGAAGGCACCAAAGGGGUCCGAACGAUCUAUGUUCCUGCGACAGAACCGUUCUCGGUGCUUUGUAACUCGAUUAUCGAUGGAUCUGGUUGGGCAAUCGUUUUGCGAGAACUUGAGGGAUCUGCUAGCCUAGACCACAAGCUAAAUCAAUAUAAAGAAAAGGGGUUCGGAGAUCUGCACGACUCAUUUUUCAUCGGUCGAAAGAACCUGUAUCUCAUGACACGAGAAAUGCCACACGAAGUUUUUGUCAUGUUGAAAUUUCUAGACGGUUCUAUUGAAGUUUAUAAAGGCACAAAAGUGUACAUGGGCGACGAAGAGGAAGACUACGUUAUCAAGUCGUUCAAUACAAUUCCAAGAAUCGGAGACUACUCCGUCCAACAAACGGCAACGUCAGUGUCACUCGACGCUCUGUUCAGGAAACAAUUUUUGCCAUUCGAUGAUCUUCCUGAAUGGAAAGAAUUGACCAUUAUGAUCAGAGAGACCUUAAAUAUCAAGGUAUAUUCCCAGAAUAUGUUGAAUAUUUUUAUUAUUGUGUUGGUUUUUUUUAAUUUGUCGGAGAAUUUGACACGUGGUUCAGAUUUCCAUGAAAACCAAGAGUCUUGUUUUGUAUCAAGAGAACUGGAAGAUCAAUGCGCUGCCGUUUGUUAUCCCACCGUCAAGCCGUUGCUUAAAUACAUGGGAAUAUGCCAUCAGAAGGAUCUACAUAUAAGUGGAAUGCAGAACCAACUUCAAGACCAAAAUGAGAAGGUUACCAAAUACAAAACUCAAGUAGAAUUUCUCAAUAAAAAGUUGGUAGACGAGCGAAGUUCUUCUGGCCUCAAGAAUGACCUAAAAGAAACCAUCGAUAAGGUGCAGAACCUCAGAUUGGAGCUCAGUGAAGAGUUGAAAAAGUUAUACAGACAGAAAAACAAUACCGUGAAGAAUCAGCACGAAGAAAUCGCGAAUGUGAAGAUGCAACUGAAGAGAAAGGAUGAACAAAACGAGAAAACGAUGAUAGAAAAGGAUGAAAUUAUAAAACAAAAGGAGAAAACGAUGGAAGAAAAGGAUGAACUCUUAAAACAGAAGAAGAAAAUUAUGGAAGAAAAAGAUGAACUAUUAAAAAAGAAGGACAAUACCUUGAAGAAUCUGCAAGAAGAAAUCGCGAAUGUGAAGAUGCAACUGAAGAGAAAGGAUGAACAAAACGAGAAAACGAUGAUAGAAAAGGAUGAAAUUAUAAAACAAAAGGAGAAAACGAUGGAAGAAAAGGAUGAACUCUUAAAACAGAAGAAGAAAAUUAUGGAAGAAAAAGAUGAACUAUUAAAAAAGAAGGACAAUACCUUGAAGAAUCUGCAAGAAGAAAUCGCGAAUGUGAAGAUGCAACUGAAGAGAAAGGAUGAACAAAACGAGAAAACGAUGAUAGAAAAGGAUGAAAUUAUAAAACAAAAGGAGAAAACGAUGGAAGAAAAGGAUGAACUCUUAAAACAGAAGAAGAAAAUUAUGGAAGAAAAAGAUGAACUAUUAAAAAAGAAGGACAAUACCUUGAAGAAUCUGCAAGAAGAAAUCGCGAAUGUGAAGAUGCAACUGAAGAGAAAGGAUGAACAAAACGAGAAAACGAUGAUAGAAAAGGAUGAAAUUAUAAAACAAAAGGAUAAAACGAUGGAAGAAAAGGAUGAACUCUUAAAAAAGAAGGAUAGUACCUUGAAGAAUCUGCAAAAAGAAAUCGCGAAUGUGAAGAUACAACUGACGAGCAAGGAUGAAUUAUUAGAACAAAAGGAGGAACAAAUUAAAAAAAAGGAUCAGUUUAUUAGGCAUAUUUUGGAUAAUGCAGACCCAAAAAUUAGCGAGACUCAUACAAUCGAUGUUCCUUUGGCAGAACCAGACGAAAGUGGUUGGACAAUUAUUUUGCAAGAACUUGAGGGAUUGGCUAGUCUAGAAAAGAAGCUUGCUCAAUAUAAAGAAAAGCCGUUCAACAAUGGAAAUGAUUCAUUUUUCAUCGGCCGCAAGAAUCUGUAUUUCAUGGCAAAGGCCACGCCACACGAAAUUCUUAUCCAAGUGAAAUUUGUGGAUGGCAGAAGCUCUUCGGUUCAAGACAUUCGCUUCAAAGUGGGCAACGCAGAAGCAGACUACACACUCAGGUCGGUCAAUGAUAAUUUACCAAACAGAAAGUACUCCAUUACCGAAAUGAAAGCGCUUAUGGCGAUUCAGGUUCUUAUGAAACGAAAAAUGCCAUUCAGUUCUAGGGACUGGAAGCAAUUGACCAUUAAGUUCAGAGAGAUCCAAUAAUAGAAGAAGGAACCAUUAUGCGCCCUUGAUAGAGAAGUAUUUUUAUAUAUUUAAAUACAAUUUUUGAAUUCUUCGGUAAUCGAUGAAGCUACCGUGAACUAACGUUAAAAAAAUAGCUUAAAAAAUAAAAGUU